AUGGAGUUUUAUGCUGAUGAAAAUAAUUUGAAUGCCAAUGAUGGUAGAGCUACUAACGAAGGUAGAACUGCCAAUGAGGGUAGAAUUAGGAAUAAUACUCCCGGCAGUGAAAUGGCACGAAAUAGAAGUAGUCUUGAAAGGCGUGUAUCCAAUAAAAUAAUAAGCUACGUUCUUGUUUUUAUUUUGCAGGCUUUUGACAAAUAUGGAACAACUAAUUCUAUAGGUAGUGAUUUUUUGAACAAUGCAAAUAGUAGCAAUAAUAGUGUAAAAGAGUUAAAUUAUAACCUAUACAAUAUUGAAAUUAACAUUGACACUGAUAAUUUUGUGGCUGAAAGUGAGAUAGCAUUAAGUAAGGUGAAGAUUAAAGAAAAAUAA